AUGUCUUCAAUUAAUUUAUCUGAUGAUUUAUUAAAUAAUUUUGAAGAAUCAAUCAAAUCAUUUAUUGCCUUUCUUCUUCAAGAUCCAUGUACAGGUUCAAGUUCAGCUGUAGCAUCUACUUCAACAUCUGAACAUAAUUCAGCUUCUGUUGAGCAACAUGUUCGUCGUAUAUAUGAAUCAGCAAAUGAAAUCGAAUGUAAUUUAUUACAAUUAAAAGCAUUAGUUAAUCGAACAUUACCUGAAGAACAAAUACUUGAAAGUAUAACUGAUUUACGAACAAAUAUUGAACGAAAAGAAACAUUAUUAAGAGAAUUUAAUCAAUAUUUAAAUGAUGCUAUCGCAGAUUUUAGUGUUGAAAAUACAGAAAGUCUUAAUGGUUUGCUUGAUGAAUUAAGUCGAGGUAUAACAACAACAUCGACUCUUACAAAUGCUGAUCUUGGUGAUAAUUUAUCUCAAGCAACGACAGCAACAACAGCAAGUCAAUCUUCACUUCUUGGUAAUAUGACACUUGCAAAUCCUACUACUUAUUCUACUCAUUUUAAUGAUAUUUGGUUACAAGAAAUUCUUACUAAUAGUGAAGAUAAUUAUCAAAUAAAGGCAAAUAAUCUAGAUACAAUUCUAAAAUAUAUAAUGGAUUACUAUUCUAAAACACUCAAUCAAUCUCUAGUUGCUGAAAAUAUUGAUGAAAUUGAACUUAGUCGUCUUUUACAGCUUGUUUCGGGUUGUACUAUAUCUAUACUUCAAGAUGAAAAAUCUAAUUUAAUACAAGAAACAAAACAACUAAAUGAACGUAUACAGGAAUUUGAAAAUGUUGCAGAAGCAGAAGAACAUUUUAUUCGUUUAUAA